AUGGCGCCAGCAGCAGCCAACUACUAUUCCGCUCCUCCUCAUGCACACCAAAAGCAACGUGGCUAUCGUAUCUGCGAUACUUGCGGUGCAGUUGAAAACCCAGUUGCCCAGAAGUUCAGACUCUGCGGUGGUUGUAUGACCACCCAGUAUUGUUCCCCCGAGUGCCAAAAAUCGCAUUGGCCUUCUCACAAGACCAUCUGUCAGCACACUGCUGCUCAGAUGUCAGGUGCAAAACAGCAGGCCAUCGGGCCUGCAUAUCCCGAUGAAAACUUGGCGAAGUACCUUCGCAAGUUUACCUCGACACACUCUUCACUUCUCGGAUGGGCCGGCUUCCAAGCCCUUCAAUUAAAGCGCCUGCCUGCCAAUAUCCGGCAAAGUGCGUUGCUUAUCGAGCUGAGCUACAACGCUCACGCCGAAUCAUUAUACCGUUUCUCAGUAGCAAAUACGCAUAUAGUCUCUCGGACAUAUGUAACCAGCCAUGAUCCCCUUGUGGCCGCUGAUAUCAGCCGACGAGAAGAACGUUGUCGUCGCAGUGGGGGAAUCGGAACCCUUGUUAUACUCGUACAAUGUGGUGGCAUUUCUCAAGUUAUGCCCGUGGAAGUCGACCCACCUAGUAAAAUCUCGUGGGAUUCACGAGACGAUUGGUCGGAAGUUCUCCGUCAUUUCGUUGAAUCUGGCCGAACAGAUUUCAAACCUAUAUCCACGACCGCCAGGGGGUAAGCAGUCAAAGUUUGAUGGAUCGGACCGUGAAACUGACAUGAUCGAAUCUUAGGGUCGUUUAUGGCUAAUCUAAAUCAUCGCCUUCCUGACUUAUGAUUAUCUUUUGGCAACGUGGAUCGUUGCAUGACCAGCAUUUUUUUCGUUCCGCUGCAUCGUGUUCGGACAAUUUGUACUAUUUGUGUCGCAUUCAUUACAACUUAUCAUACCCCACGAUUUCAUGUUAUGUUGUAAUUGUACUGCAUGUCGAUUUAAUGGUUAUCAUUCAUUGAUACAGUUGAAACUCGAGCUUGAAUCGCUUUGGGCCUUCUGGUUAUGAAAUAGUCACCGCCUGCUUAUGUAAAAUUCAUAGAUAGACAACACGUUGACCCUUCCAUCUCUUCCAACUUACUGAAAGUAACAUUGUCCCUGAUCAAUGAUGGCUGCCCAGGGAAGGGAAUACACAUCUGCACCCGCUGAUG